AUGGCACUGGAAGCCGUCCUGGCCAUCCCGGUGCUAAUGUUCGCGGUUGGGGUCGUGGGGAAUGUCACCGCCAUAGCAGUGCUUUCCAGAACUAAGCGAGAGCGGAAGGAGUCCGCCUUCUAUACCCUGGUGUGCGGCUUGGCUGUUACAGACCUACUAGGAACUUGUCUUGCCAGUCCAAUAACCAUAGCGACCGUUCUCCAAAGUCCCUGGCCCGAAGCUCUUUGCGAGUUCCAUUCAUUUCUUCUUCUCUUCUUUGGAGUGGCAGGUCUGAGCAUCAUCUGCACCAUGUCUGCUGAGCGCUACCUAGCUAUAAGCCAUCCGUACACGUAUAAAAGAUGGGCCGUUGAUCAGCAUGUGGCACGUUGGUGCUUAUUUGCCAUUUACGCGGGCAAUGUUCUCUUUUGUUGUCUCCCUCUUUUGGGGUUCAGUAGGAGUAUACGUCAACCACCCUACACCUGGUGCUUUAUUGACUGGAGGUCGCGGAUUCCACUACAUGUUUUCUAUUCGUUCUUAUACGCUGGUAUUAGUUCCCUCUUGAUUUUAGUAACAAUAGCAUGCAAUGUGGCUCUGUGUUGGACACUGCUGGUCAUGCGUCAGAGGAUUGGAAAACUUGUCCCAAGAGCGAGCAUCAAGAAGCACUGGCGGGAGCGCUCGUCCGGCGUGGAAAUUCAGAUGAUGUUGCUGCUGAUCGUCACAUCUCUGGUGGUUUUAGUUUGUUCAACCCCGCUGGUGGUUCGCAUAUUCGUCAAUCAGAGGUGGUUGGUAAAUGACUGGGACGCAGAUCUUCAGGCGAUUCGCUUCGCGUCCGUCAACCCCAUCCUCGACCCAUGGGUGUACAUCCUCCUGAGACGAACGGUCUUCCAUAAAGUGCUGAGCCUCUCCAAGCGGGUUAUGCGCGGCCGGGCAAAGUCCAUCUUGCCGGCGGGGCCACGGCCGACCGCGCAAUAUCUGAUGGAGAAAAACUGCGCUACUCCAUUAGUUCUUUCCACCGAGCUGUUGGGUCGUGUUUACUUGGAUGACACGCCAUCCACUACUGGUGCAAUUUCGCAUGUGGAGGAAAAGGAAUAG